AAUUUUUCUCAAAAGCUUUUUAACCUGUGCAAGUAGGAUCAGUAUCAGGCUCCUGAAAUUUAUUUCCAGCUGCGAAGAUUCACAGCAGUUGAAGGAAAACGAAACCUGUGGGAACAAUUUAAUAUGAUCAUCAGGCGUGGGGGCCAACCGAGUGAGGAUUCAGAAUAACAGGAAAGUUAAUGAGGAAGAAAAGGGUGAGGGGGUGGUGGUGAGAGGUGAAAGGGACUGCAGGGACUCUCUCACUUGCAGAGAGGUUGCAGACGGCAAUGAUUUCCCACCAUCCCCUCGGUCGUCCGUCGUCGGUCGUCUGCGUACGGGAAGAAAAUCUCUGUCUUGCAAGAAAAUGACAAGACCAACCAUUUUGACGGGAAGGCAGUAAAAGAUAAGGGGGAAGAGAGAGGUCCGGGUCAGGUCAAGGUGCAUGGUGAAGCCGAAGUUGCAGAGUCGCAGAGACUGCAGAUGCCGACGCCCCUUUUAACUCGAUAGACUCGUCGGCUGGGGGUUCAGACGUCAGCGCAGAUGAGGCAGCUUGACCCAGUGAUCCAAUGGUUUUGGUCAAUUAUUGUUUUUAGCUUUCUUUUUAUUUUAUCUUGGUCCGCCUCUCUCUCUUUCUCUAGACAUCACUGCCAUUAAAUUAAAUUGAAGAGCUUUCAUUAACUUUGCGCCCUCUUUCAGCCGUCACCGUUCAUGGUCACUGUGUGAGCAGACGUUUUGAACAAUCUCCCUUCCCCUCCUUCUUCGAGUUUUCCGAUCGAAGGCUGUAAGAGGUAUGAGGCCGAAGAUUGUGCUGUUUGGAGACUCGAUCACCGAAGAAUCGUUCGCAGUGGGAGGAUGGGGAGCAUGCCUCGCCAACCAUUUCUCCCGCACUGCGGACGUGGUGCUGAGAGGUUACAGCGGCUACAACACGAGGUGGGCACUGCGGGUUCUCGACCGAGUCCUCUCCUCCGUCGACUCCCCGCCGGCUGCCCUCACCAUCUUCUUCGGAGCCAACGACGCUUCCCUCCCCGAUCGAUCCAGCGCCUUCCAACACGUUCCCCUUCAUGAAUACCGUCAAAACCUCAUCGAUCUCAUCGCCCGCAUCAAGGGACGAUGGGGGGCUACCGUAAUAGUGUUGCUCGCCCCACCACCCAUCGAUGAAGAAGCCAGAUUAAGGGACCCAUAUGGAGGAAGCACAAGUGGGCUGCCCGAGAGGACCAACCAGAGCGCCGGGCUGUACGCCGAGUCCUGCAUUUCCGCAGGCAGAGAUUCCAGCGUCCCCGUCGUGGAUUUGUGGACGAAGAUGCAAACAAUUCCUGGUUGGCAGAAGGCUUACCUCCGAGACGGUCUGCACUUGACGGCGGAUGGAAAUAAGGUGGUGUUCGACGAACUGGUGGAGACGCUCAAGAAGGAAGGGUUGAGCGUCGCGAGCCUACCCUCUGAUCUUCCGCUCCUCUCAGAGAUCGAUCCUCGUGAUCCGCUCAAGUCUUUUCCCGAUACCAAGUAACCUUCGGCCCACAGCCGGAAAAGUCGAAAUGGCAGAUUUCAAGAAAUCGUGGAGGUUUCAUGGCUUUCCUCCCGCUUUCUCUCUCUCUCUCUCCUGGCAUCUCUUGCCUGUGAGCUUCUUUUUCUUUUAACUUUGCCUUCUUCUUCAUGUGUUCAAGAUAUUAGUUGGCGUUUUGUACUAUUGCGAGUGGAUGGAAUGAUGAAGAUUCUUCCUUACUGAAAAUUUUUUGAAGCCUGUGAA